GAGUUUGACAAUGAUCUCUUUGACUGACAUGGACUGCAUCUCACAUCUACUUGUCAUUCAAGAGAGUUAAAGAAAUCACUUUCCAGCACCUUGGUUGAUUAUUGCAGCCUCCAGCUGUUACUGUUGGAAAUGUUAAAAUCAAAGUAUAAUAUUUGAUAUUUAUAUCUCUAUGGAAAUCACUGUCAGGGCCAGCAGCUUGGAGACUUGGAGUUUGAAGAGUUGAAGCUCUCCAUCUCAGAGUACUUCUUAACGUGGUCCAUUAUAUUCUAUCAAGUGGUAACUCAGGAUUCAUAGUUGCAGUAGUCUUGGCUUGCAAUAUUUGUGCUGCCAACUGCUAUACCCUCUGAUACCAUUGAGGAACAAAAGUAUGAAUGGCUAUUUCUUAGUCCUAUGAUAGUGUAAUUUCUGAUUUUUUUUUUUUCUUCCCUACUGUAUUUAUAGGGGUUUUUCCAGGUCAAAAUGACUCUGGGACCCUGUUUUUCUUGCUAUUUUAUUAUCUGAAACCAAUUGUAUGAUGUUUGAUGCUGUUUAUCGUUAAACUAUGUUGUAGGUUUGCUUUCCCUCAUGCAGAUGGCUUAGGAAAUGCUCUUACUGGUUGAAGUAGUCUUUUUAUAAUCCAUAUUGCUAGUUUUCAUGAUUUUGGAAAGUGAAAUUGCAUAGGCUUGCUAGGUAAUUCAAAUACCUUAGCCCUUUUGGGGCAGGAUUGAAUGGUACAUGGCGGCUGCUUUGACACAAUGCCUAAACCUGGGUAUUGGCAGAUUCCAUUCAUCAUGCUUUUUAUUGGUGUUAACUUGUUCCUUGGUUAGAGAACUAUUGUGUUCCCAUGUUUUAAUUUCAAAUGCCCCUGAAGUAAAUGCAAUCUUUUAUUGUGGUUCUACAGGGUCUGCCUGCUAUCCUUGCCUUAUAUUUGAUUUAGCAAGCAUGUUAACAUGUUUAGACCCUGCAAUUGAUUUUUUUCUUUUUUCUUUCGAUGUUCUUACUUGCUGCAUUGCUUGGUAUCUGUGCUCUCCAGCAUAGUAAGUAUAGUGUUAUGACAUUUUUUAUACAUGUAAUUUCUGUACUUGCUCUUAUAUUCCAUGUUGCUUUGAUCUGCUGUCUAUGCAUGUUCUGAACACUCAUUUGUAUGAAAGCUUGCCUCACCUUCAAUGCUAUAUAUCCCUGAUCUUUUUAUGCAUUUUACUUGAUUUUCUAUGAUACCAAUUUGGUCAGGAAUUUCACUUGAUAUCUGCUUUGUUGCUGACCCUUAUCUAUAGACUGGUUGCUGCCUCUUCUCCCAAAUGUAACAGCAAACCUAAUCAACUGGGCUUUUCCAAGUUUGAUAAUAAAUUCUAGCAUAGUCAGUGUUACUUCAACCUAUUUUUUUUUUUUAGAAGUAGUGUUACUUCAACCUAUAAUAGUAUUCUAUAAGAAUUUCUAUUAAAUAAGGUCAAUUUGAAAAACUUCUUGGAUAAUAAUAUUAGGGAAAUUGUCACUCUCCACACCCCCCUCAGUUUCUUUUCUUUCUUUUUUUUUCCAAAAUAAAAUUGAAAAUCAAAAUACAUUUUUGCCCUUGUAUCCUUCACAUCAAACACUAAUCGUAAUCCUUCUAUCUUGUCCUUCCCUUUCCUCCAGCUUUCCCUUCCCUUCUACUAGUGGUCAUCCCUUCUCUCAAUAUUUUAAAAAUAAAGUUUGAAGAAGGAAAAUAUUGAACUUGAUGAAGGGGAAGGAAAGGAAAAGAAAGAAGGAAAAAAAGGGAAGAAAAAGGGGAAGGAGAGUUAAGGUUUCAGGUUGGUGUAGGGUUGAAGAAGAAGAGGAUAUUUUUAUCCUUUCACAUUUAAUUUUUAUUUGAAAAAAAUGAAAAAGAAAAAAUAGACAGGUGCCAAGAGAUUAUUGGGGGGUGUAUUUAUGAUAUAAAGUAAGAGUUAUUCUAUUUGAACCCUUCUUAUAUUCAUUAUUACCUGAAUGGGAUAUGAAAGCAAAAUGUCCAUACAGUUGAUCAUUAUUCUCGAACCCUUAAUCUAUCCUCGCUAACAUGACUGCUACCUGAGCCCAUGUGUGAUUGCAAUCUAUAAUGUAACACUUCCAUAGAAAGAUAAAUCAAUCUUACCAGUAUAAUAAGUUAAAAAAAUCUAAAAGUUUAAAAUUUUAAAAAAUUUGACAGAUGGGUAGUGUGACAGUGACUUUUAUUCUUAUUUCAUUUUGAGAUGGUCCCUUGAUUCAGUUCACAGUAUAAUGCUAUCCAGUCUUCUCCUCCAAUGGUGUCUUAGAAAUUUUACUACUGAGUGUUGGUUGAAACUUGAGAAAUAACCUGAAAGUUUACUGUGAAUGAUCCAAACCAGAAGGAUAAAACCCAGAUAGUAAGAACCUUUCCAAAGCCCAAUGACCUGAAAUUCAGUUUCCAAGACAUCAGACACCAGGGGGGGGAAAUCUUAUAAUCCAGAUCACUGUUUUCCAUUCAUCAAUUUCAAUGAAAUCAUCUGCAACUUAUCCACCAAACAUUGGAAAGCUCAAACUUCCCAUAACCCAAGGUCCCCAUAGGCAUCUAUACAAACCCCAUCAGCCCCAACCCCAUUUUCACCAAGUCAACUGCCUCCAACUCCAAGAGCUUCUUCAUUUAGUUGAUACAGUUACUUUGACAGUUAACCAUGAAGAACAUCUUCUUCUCUUUGGUUGUCAUCUUCUUCCUAGCCAGCACUAGUGAAGCAACUGUGCCAUGCGGCACUGUUGACAUGAAGGCAGCUGCAUGUGUGGGGUAUGCCACCGGCAAGGAGCCGAAGCCGUCUCCAGCAUGCUGCUCUGGACUCCAACAGCUUGCUGGAACUGUGAAAACAGUUGAUGAUAAGAAGAAUAUUUGCCGGUGCUUGAAGAAUGGUGUUAAGGCGUUCGCAGGCGUUCAGGACAAGUUCUUGAGCCAGAUUCCUGCCGUUUGCAAUAUCAAAGUCGGGUUCCCGGUGUCCUUGAACACCAACUGUGAAGCAAUCCACUGAAUUGCAAUGGAAUCGAUGCAGAGAUUGGGGGAACAAGUGCUCAUCUUGGAAUGAUGUAGGAAGUAGUUGAUUAAAGUUGAAUAAAACUGCAGAUUAGGGGCAAUGUUCUAUGGGACUUUUGUCCUUGAUCAUGUAAUUACCAGUUGGCUUUAAUGGAUCUGUUUUCAUGUUCUU